UUACAUGACCUUACCAUUACAUAGGGUACACGCAUUAAAUAAGGUGACCCAUCUUAGGACACCUUUUCAGAAUUUCACCCUUCUAUACUGCCACAUGCACAUAUAUCCUCCUCUCUCUCUCUCUCUCUCUCUCUCUCUACUAUUCUAGGGUGACUACCAUUCAUUUACCAUACCAUUCAUUUAUCAUCACAAUAAGGUUAGUGGGAGUGGCAAUAAUAGAAGAAGGUAGUAGUGACUAGUGAGAAUAUAUAUAUAUAUUGGUUUAUUUGUUGUUGUGUGCAGCAGUCUCUUUCAAUUGAAUUGUGCCCCUUCCUUAGAAGAUGGGAAUGAAUGGAUCCUCAUGUUGGCACAAAUAUAGACAAACCACCUUCAUCAGCAUCUUCAUUCUCUUUGCAGCUUCUUCUACUUCCUUAUUCAUGGCUCAAGGAAGAGCAAUGUCCAAUGUAAUUGAAGUUUCCCAGAAUAAGGUAAGAGUGAUAGGGUCAAGGCCACCAAGGUGUGAAAGUAGAUGCAGCAAUUGUGGACAUUGUGAAGCAGUUCAAGUCCCCAUUGUACCUACCUUUCAUCAUCAUCAUGAAGCAGCCAUUGUUGCAUUCUCAUCAAGAGGGGAUGCACUUUCCAACUACAAACCCAUGAGUUGGAAGUGCAAAUGUGGGGACUACUUUUUCAACCCAUGAUUUAUUCUUCCUUCUUCAAUCAAAUUCUAUCAAAUUAUUUUGCUAAUAAUAAAUAGUAUAAAUAUAUUAUAUAUGUAUAUUCAUCCAUGCAUGUACCUCCUUGUAUUUUGUCAACUUUUAUAUAUAUAUAUUUGUUUGUUUAAUUUGAUGGUAUGAACUAUGAAAUGAAAUUGAGAAAUGGGAGUGUAAAAAGGAGUGUGUCAGAUAGUGCUGUUUUCGUAUGAAACAAGAUUAAGAUUUUGUGUGAUGAUGUGAUGAGAUCAUAUGUCAUGCAUAUAUGAUAUGAUAUGAUAUGAUAUGAUAUAUAACCUCGAAAUGAUGGACCAUUCCUUUCAUUCU